AUGGCGGACAAGGAGGCCUUUUGGGAGAUACCUGAAAUAGUGGAGGUUAUUCUUCGAUUUCUUCCAGGAAGAUUCAUAGCAGUAGCUGCAAGAGUUUGUCGUCUAUGGCGGGACACAGUGGAAAGGAUUCGAAGAUCAAGAAGGGACUGCGUGGUUUAUUUAUCUCCAAGUGAAUCAAACUUUGCUGAAUUUUCGGAAGACGUGCUUGACUUCAUGAAACGACAGCUUAUUGAACCUAGAGCUUUACUGCUCUUCUCAGGCGCAUUUCCAUCGUCUAGCACAGCGUUUAUUCAAAGAUUUUUGCUGUCGAUACGGAAUUGCCUUCCAGUGAACUGUCCGUUCAUUGGCUGCACUGGUCUUGGAGUGGUCGGUUCUGAAACUCAUCCUCCUGCAAAUUCCGAAGGUUUAUCACUUAUGAUGUUUCCUCGCUGUGAUGGACUUGAAGUCCGAGAUUUUUAUAUCCCUCUUCGCAACAAGUAUAAGAAGAUAAGUGGCGUUAAAUCAUUUCUUCCCGACAUGAGCCUCCCCGUAAAGUUAGUGAUUGUUCUGGCCCACCCACUGUCACUUGGGAAGCUUACAAAUUUGACCGUGGCUUUAAGAUCAAAAUAUGGCGAAGAGGUAAGUUUCAUUGAAUUGGUUACUUAAAUUGAGGGUCCCUUGUAGGGUUCUUCAAUCCCGUUAUCCCGACCCAAAUUUUCGUGCAAUCCAGUAAUCCAGAUUUUUAUUUCUGACAUCCAACCCAGCGUGUAUACUUUCAAUCCCGAAUUUCGUCCCCAAUGUGCUUUCAGAUCCCGAAUCCUGAGCUUCAAUUAAGGGAAAUCCAGGAUCCCGAAAAACCCAUUGGGGACCCUUUAAAUUGGCUUAAAUAUAAAAUAUUUCCGCACACCUCCCCUUUCAACUACAGUAUAUUUUGACACACUAGUCUCUCUAUAGACUACGAGUAGUCCCCCAUUUUUCCUCAGGGAUAGUAGAGCGAGCAAAACGCGGGUGCACGUGAAAAUCAACCCACGCCUUUUCUCGCGUGGGUUGAUUUUCACUGCUAAGUUUUACUUAACCAAAAAUUCGUGUGUGAAGGCCUAAGUAAAAUCUCAAGUAACUUUACUUUGCAUCUCAUGAAAGUCAGAAAGUUGAAACAAUUCAAGAAAGUUUCAAGUGACUUGCAAACCAUCCUUAAAACCAACUAAGCGAACUCGCGGUUUCUAAGCUUUGAAAAAGGCAAAGUAUGUCAAUCAAUCUUAAUUAUGUUGCGUAGGAAAAUGGGCUUAACCCUUUAAGCCCCGAUAUCCAGUUACAAAUUCUCCAAACUGAUCUCCAUACAUUUCCUUAAAGAAUGAGUUGAGAGAAUUUGAUAAAAGAUCAAAUAUUUUUCUCUUUCAGAUCAUUUUAUCAAUUCUCGUGGACUUUUCUCUUGACAAUCUAUGGUUAUUGUUAUGAGAUUUUGGACACUAUUGGGACAUAAAGGGUUAAGUAAACCUGAAGUAGAAAAGAUAUGGUGUGUGUGAAGAGGGGGGCGUAAGGGGGGUCCGAAAACCGCAAAACAGCACAGAAAUACGCCAAAAAACCGAAAACUGCAUCGGAUUUUUUCCCCAAUACCGAAACCGCGCUUACAUGUAGGCCUAGCCUGCAUAGCAAGCGUUUUCCCGCGAGUUCGUCGAGAAAGUUGGGACGAGAGCAAAAAAAAAAAGGAAUGAGGGGGGAGGGGGAAGGGAGCGAAGGAAAUGCUUGCCCGCAAACCCCACGAUUUUGAAAAACUGCGUUCGCCCACGAACGCAGCUUUUGAUUGGUGCGGUGCUGGUAGUGUUGAUUAAAUAGCAAUACAUCAAUCAAACCAGGUAUGUUUUGUUUACGUAAGUCGCAGAUCUGGUCUGAUCUGAUUUGUGGUUGCAGAUUACAAAUGCUUUGGUCUGAUAUUUAUUUGAAUCAUGUUUGUGCGAAGGUUUAUCAGAUCUGAGUCCCUUCGAUCAAAAGUAUAAUUGGAGAUCGAGCAGUGGAGACUAGUGAAGGCCAAUUUAUUUCGAAUUUCCGACUGGAAAAAAUAGACUGUUUGUUGGAGAUAACAUCAACGUAAAUCAGAACAUCGAGUACUAGACACUAGCUAGAGCCGCCAUGGACAAGUGAUUGAAAAUUGAGCGGCAUGUAUUGUAGUGAACUUUUCGACACUGGCUGGCCUAUGGAGAGCAGCUGCUCUGCAAAACUCAUAGCCAGGGGAGUGAAUUGUUCUGGACAAAUCAUUUCUUUGCAACGUUUAGACAAGGUUUCAGAUGAGAUAAAGCCACAUAACGUUAAAAUUUUAACUCAACUAUAAAGAACAAGAAGUUCCGCAGCAAUCGCUUAGAGUUUCAACCUUCUUUUAUAGUUAAACUUCUUUUUAUGACAGUUUUGCAAUCGCGUGGAGCGUGUUUUAGGGAACAAAGUAAUUUUUUCAAAUCUGGUAAUCAAUUCGUUAUCUAUCUUGUCAAGCUGUCAAUUUACAAAUGAACCGAGCCGUGAAAUAUCAAGGGACGUUUUCCAGAAUCGUGGGGUUUGCGGGCAAGCGUUUCCUCUUCUCCCCUCCCCCUCCCCCUUCCUUUUUUUUUUUGCUCCCGCUCUAACUNGCAGAUUACAAAUGCUUUGGUCUGAUAUUUAUUUGAAUCAUGUUUGUGCGAAGGUUUAUCAGAUCUGAGUCCCUUCGAUCAAAAGUAUAAUUGGAGAUCGAGCAGUGGAGACUAGUGAAGGCCAAUUUAUUUCGAAUUUCCGACUGGAAAAAAUAGACUGUUUGUUGGAGAUAACAUCAACGUAAAUCAGAACAUCGAGUACUAGACACUAGCUAGAGCCGCCAUGGACAAGUGAUUGAAAAUUGAGCGGCAUGUAUUGUAGUGAACUUUUCGACACUGGCUGGCCUAUGGAGAGCAGCUGCUCUGCAAAACUCAUAGCCAGGGGAGUGAAUUGUUCUGGACAAAUCAUUUCUUUGCAACGUUUAGACAAGGUUUCAGAUGAGAUAAAGCCACAUAACGUUAAAAUUUUAACUCAACUAUAAAGAACAAGAAGUUCCGCAGCAAUCGCUUAGAGUUUCAACCUUCUUUUAUAGUUAAACUUCUUUUUAUGACAGUUUUGCAAUCGCGUGGAGCGUGUUUUAGGGAACAAAGUAAUUUUUUCAAAUCUGGUAAUCAAUUCGUUAUCUAUCUUGUCAAGCUGUCAAUUUACAAAUGAACCGAGCCGUGAAAUAUCAAGGGACGUUUUCCAGAAUCGUGGGGUUUGCGGGCAAGCGUUUCCUCUUCUCCCCUCCCCCUCCCCCUUCCUUUUUUUUUUUGCUCCCGCUCUAACUUUCGCGCUAUAACUCGACUGGAAACGCUUGCUACGCAAGCUAAUGUUCCACAAGGCUAAUGUAGGCCACAAUAUGAAAGCUGACGUCAGCAAGACCUGUGAUAUAUUCUGAUAACAUUGUCCGUUAGCAUUAAACAUACCAUCAUAAUGCUAACGAUAUAUUGUACUACACUAUUAUACUCUAUUUACUACUAACCAAAUGCCCAACCUCGUCCCCAGGGCUUUUCCCUUAAAAAAUGGGUGGGGUGCCCCACCCAUUUUUUAAGGGAAAAGCCCUGGGGACGAGGUUGCCAAAUGCCAAGUAUGCUGGUCAUGUACUUGAACGAGUAUUGAUAUCUCCCUUGACUUGGAAAAAUGUCACUGAUCCUGUACGUCUUACAUUGGGUGACUGAUUACUUUGGACGACCCUGUGCUAGUUGUGGAACGCGGAAUAAAUGUUUCUUCUGGAAUUGUGACCUUCUUGUCUCUUAAAGAGUUCACGUUCAGUGGAGAAGACGAUUGUUAAACCGUACAGCUCUUCUGAAAUUCUCCCCUUACUUUCCUUCUUCAUAGAAGAUUGCCACGCAAUUAAUUACUAAGUCCUCUUCGCUUUCAGUUGCGACCUCGACGACUUCAGUUGCCAUUGUCGCGCAUUGAAUCAAAGCAACGAGAACACGAGGCUGUACGGCUGUACGAGCUAACAUCCGGCAUGGAAUUUCACGAAGUCGACGCAUCAUUGGCCAAACCGGUUAAUCACAUUAAGUAUUAACUGGAAAAGGCCGUAAUUGCAAAACCACAGAGUUAAAUUGUAAGCUGAUAUAAUGAACCCUGAUGCGUUGUAAAACAAAACACUUGGCUCGCGCUUGCAAAACAAUCAGAUGCCGACCGUUCUAAAGAGUGUUAUCACCGCAGACCCUUUUUUUCACCGAAAACCGCGACUUACAGGUUGUAAUAACCGCAAACCGCUUAGUGUUUUGAAACCGCAAUACCGCGAGUUAAAAUAAAAAUUACCGCAAAACCGCACCAAAAAUAACGUAAAACCGCAUCACCGCAAACCCUUACGCCCCCUUCUGUGAAGCUUUCUUUAACUUGAAUUUAAAAUUUACUUCUCUUGAAGUAUUUCUUAGCUUAUUUAGGCCCUAGUGUAAAGACUACCAAUGUCAGAAUGAAAAAGGUGGAAUGUCUAGUUUUUAUUCAAGCCCUGUGUUGUUCCUGAUGGAAGUAUUCCAAUAGUGGAGUGCGGCCUUAAGUCUGAGAGCGGGGGGGAGGAGGGGAUAAGGAGGGAUAGAGGGAUGGGGCUCAUCUCCUACCCCACCCCCUCACUGUUAUUCCUGGCCUUCUCACAUCUUUUUUGCGCCAUCCUUACAAUCUGAACGCUUUGAACAGGCUAGGAUGGGAGUCAAACCCGCAGGGGCGGAUCCAGGUUUGGCAUAACUGACUGGUGACGUGAACAAAUUUUAAAAUCGAAUAAGAAGAAGAAGGCUUUUGACUAGGCAAUAACAUAAUGUGAACUGCUGAGAAUACAUACCAAAGGAAACGAUACAGCAGAUUUUGUAUAACUGUACUUGAAAGCCGCAGGUCAUCUCGGGGGGUGGGGGUGCGCAACCCCUGCACCCUCCCCUAGAUCCGUUUCUGACCCGGGUCUACUGGAUCGAAGCCUCUUACCAGCCAGCCAGCCAGCCAGUCGUGGCGGGGUAUACUAAGUAUACCCCGCGAGAUUCAAGUCUUGAAUCUCUCCAGAGAGGGGUCUCUCAUUAAUCGUUUGAUUUACUUGCCUUUUAUGUAUCAGGUGGUGAUUGUUGGUGCCUACAGUGAUAAUUAUCUGUUCUACAACUCAGAGGUCACAUCCCGUGAAAUCAUUGGUCUUGUGUUGGCUGGCAGUUUACAAUCCUCUUCUACAGUUGUUACCGGUAGCAGCAAAGUGGAAUCCUUCGAGAAUCUUCAUGACUCUAUUCAAAGACUUGAAAACAGCGGUUUGCCCAAAGAAAACAGUUUUAGUUUGACGUUUUCAUGUUUUUCUCGCGGAAGCAUGACGUAUGGAUAUGACAAUGCCGAGUGCUUGGCUUUCAGAGAAACAUUUCCACAUUCAAAUCUGGCUGGGUUUGUAGGUACAGCAGCUUUUGGAUGCGACACCGAGAAAUUGAAAUCGAGAGGUUUGAAACCAGGUGGCAGGGAUUUCUUGCACAUCGAUGCAACAGUGUUUUGUUUGAAUUCUUUAGCGCAGCAUUCGCCUUAG